AUGCUAACCCAAGAACGAGAACAGCCUCCUGUGGAUAUACAAUAUGAAAUGAAUUUCGAUCAUGUCACCCCCCAAUGUCGUUUUAGUAAGUCUCCGCAGUACUGGGUUUACUAUCACCGGCUUGGAGCUAGAGUUCGAGGGUGGCCAUCUCAGGGAGGAUUGUAUGAACUGGAUAUCCCUAGUCGCGUCGAGCCAGAAUUUCUCCAACUGGACCUCUUUAAUAAUAUGCUUCGCCCGUCUCCUUCCGACCCUGAGUGGCAGGCUAAGGAGAAUGCACAUUGUGAUCGGAUGCGCCGCCUUGGGGCUACAUGGUGGAAAAACGACCAUGAAGAGGAUUAUGAUGAACUUUUUGGUCAUUACGAGAAGAAAUGGGAAAAAAAAUACACCCGUAUUGGCUGGCCUACUGGGGGUGGAGUCUGGGCUUGGCAGACAACGCAAAUGGAAGCAGCUAAGCAAGGUGGAGGGAAACUUCUGAGCGCUCGGACGAUGGACGAGCGGUGCAAAUUGAUUGAAAUGUUGGGUGGAGUUUUUUUUGCUGACCCUAAAGAUUGUCCGUAUCUUGACCUCCAUGAUGGAUAG